AUGAUUUUUUAUCAGGCUGUUGGAGAAACUCAUAGGAGAAACUGGAGUCAACCACCAGCAGUGUGUGCGUGUGUAUAUAUGUGUGCCAUAGGAUCAGAUAUUACCUACAAAACUGUUUGUCAAGUUAAAAUGCAUCCAGUCAGAGUGUCGAUCCCGUCGUUUCGUUCAGAAAACAACUCGAUCGAGAAAGGAUACACGGUCUUUAGAAUUGACGUGCUGAUGAAUGGCAGACAACAUGCUGUUGAGAAACGCUAUAGUGAAUUCCACGCUUUGCAUAAAAUGCUAAAGAAGAGCAUAAAGCCACCUGAGAUCCCUUCCAAACAUGUUAGAAACUGGGUCCCCAAAGUCCUGGAGCAGAGGAGGCAAGGUCUGGAGCUCUACUUGCAGACUAUAAUUAUGGAAAAUGGAGUUCUUCCAAAGAUAUUCCUGGAUUUCCUAAAUAUCCGCCAUUUUCCUUCAGUGCCAAAAACAGAAAGCUGUGGGUCGUUUGAUACAGAAUCAGAGGAAUCAAGUAAACUUUCACACCAGCCUGUCUUACUGUUUCUGAGAGACCCCUACCUGCUGCCAUCUGCUCACGAUGCAUUUUCAAAUGUUGUGAUUGAGGGUGUAGUACAUGGAGUUUUCUACCCAGAUCUUCAACCAAGGUAGAGCUGCAGAGCCGAAUCUGAGGGCAUGUCAAUACAAAUGGAUGUGUCAUGUUUUCACACCAUUUUAGGUGUGCAUCGGGAAGGAUGUGACAUGUUAAGAUACACUGAGCCUCAUUUAGAUUUUCCAAAUCAUAAAACAAAAAUCCAUUAUUUUCUUCUCUCGAUAAAUCACUGGCACUACACCGUAUGUUGUUCUAAAAAUAAGCAAUAUUGACCCAUAUUUCAAUGGAUUUGAAUCCUAAGAAAAUAAUUUAAGCACAACUUUUGUCAGCUAUCAAAUUGAAUUAUAUGUGAAACAGUUUUGCGCAUUAACGUAGAUGUUUUGAGGCAUUUGAAUCAAAAUAAUAAAGACUAAAACUAUUCUUUUAAGAUUAAAGCAAAUACAUUAUAUUUUCCUUCUUUCUUAAGAAAGUAAUGAGUGGAAUUAACAUACAAGAUUAAUUUAUUUUCUUUUAGCUUUUAGUAAGUAAAUACCAGAAGUUGAAACCCUGGGGAACCAGAAAGGAAAUGCUGAUACCAGCUGGACUGAAGGUUAGUUUGCCAUACACAGAGGAGGCCUGUAAGGACAAAGCACAGGGCUGGAGUGGAGAGCUGGAUCAUGGCCUGCUAACAGGGAGGUGCCCCUCCCUUUGUAGCACCAGUACUGUGGUUUCAGAAUAUUUUUCUGAGCUGACAAAUUGAGCCAUCUGAGGGAGAGCAGUGAGACAGCGUAUAGACAGAGUGUAUUUGUGCAUUCUGGUGGAGUUGACAGCUAUGUGCCACAUGUUAGGGUGGAAUUGGAUUUGAGUUGUGAUGUGGACCUCUUUUACUGAGCAUCAGAUGUUCGUGAAGGAGUACUGUAGUGUUUACAGUGGUGCUACUGGGCUCUGUGGGGCUACCGGAAGAGCAGUUCAGUUUGGUGAGGUGAUGACCAUUAGGUUUUGGGCACAAAGCCUAUUUGAAAUGAAACCAGGACAGACAGAAAUAGGUGGCACAACAUGUGUGUGAGGAAUGAUGCAUUAAGCUUGAGGCGGGUGUCAUCGGAGUUGUAGGAAACGGAUGUCGACAGAGCAAUUAAAAGAGCACCAUUGAUUUAACAUUUGCACUCCUACUGCAUUGUCGAACUUAUGAAAAAGCAGGGCAGAGCAAAGUGACAUCAGUUAAUGCAAUUUAUUAGAUUUAGCAUUUUUUUUCUGGAGCCAUUAAAGGCUUUAUACAACUUUUUCACAUAUGCUGUAGUAGUCCCAAGACCUGUAAACAUCAAAAACAUGUACUAGGUUCUCCAGUCAGUGCCCUUGAUCAAGGCACUGGCUCAG